UCCUUACACUGUGACCGUUUUAUGCUUCAAGGAUCCGCUUUUCUCGCUUCUUCACUUGCAGAUCCCACAAAGUUUUUCCUACUUUUUCUUACUCUCUCUCUCUCUCUGUGGCCACUGUGCUUAUUGUGUCAUUUUCAUUCUGAUUUCACCACUUAUUUGACAACCCUUUUUCCAUAUCAUUUUUCUUGUUUGUAAAGUUGAGCAAAGGCAUAGGCUUGCCAAUUAUGGGCAAGGAGUGGUAUUUUGCUGGAAGAUCAUCUAAGAGAGGUGUAGUAGGAGUAGGAGGUGAAGCUGAGGCUGAAACACAAGCCCCUUCUGGUUGCAUGUGUGCUGUUUUUCAGUUCUUUGAUUUCCAUCCUUUUCACUUUCCCAACAUAAACCAACACCACCAACAAGAACAGACCUCUUUCAAGCCACCCUCAUGCACUUCAGAAGACCACACCACAGUCCCAAAAGGCGCUGAAGCACCUAGGAACAGCUUGGAGUCAGAGGAUGGUGAUGGUACAGUUUCAUCUCUCUCAUCAAAAGAAGAAGAUUUUAAAAUUCCUAAGAAUAUUGUACAAAUUAAGACAAGUGGAGGCACAAGAGCAAGUGGUGGAAAUUUGAAUGACUUGUCCUCAGAACUCACCGGCUCUCCAGGGACAAAGACACCAACUUUGGUGGCCAGGUUAAUGGGUUUGGAUCUUCUUCCAGGGGCAAACUCACCAUCUUUUUCUUCAUGUCUUUCAACUCCAAACACACAAGGCAAUGUGUCACAUCUUCACCACCACCUGAGACACAAGCAACAUGUCCAAACCAAACACAGAAACAGCAUAGACAGUAGUGACAUAGCCUCCACAAGAUCUUUGCCUGAGACACCAAGAAUCUCCUCAGCAAGAAGAUCAGAUGUUGAUCAUCACCACAGACUCUCACUCCAAAUCAACAAGGAAAACAUGAACCUUGGUGAGGAUUUGGAGCUCCCUAGGCUCUCAUUUUCCAAAAGGAAGAGUGAUGAGAACAAUGGCAGGAGUCCAAGCUACUAUGCCAGACAAAUUGUCAAACAGGUUAAGGAAAGUGUGAGCAGAAAAGUUGGUCAAGACAUCACCAACACUAGUCUCAAAACCAGAGAAGAAAAUGUAGGCCAAUUCAGAAGCAAAAAAUCUCCCAAAACAUCAUCACUGAAAGCAAUUGAUGAAACUGAAACCAACCCUGAUAAACAAUCAAACCAAUCUCCCUAUUUCCCAAGGCUUAGAUUCAUUGACAAACACAAACCAAACACAACAACAACAUCAACACCAUCAUCACUCACAACGAAAGACCAAAACAUGCUGAAACUGCCACCACCUCCUCCAGUUAACACUCAACCACAUCUUCCAAGAGUUUUAACAAAACCAAAGGCUCAAACAUUGGUGCCAGAGCAGCAAGAGUUUCACCAGAACAACAAAUCUGUUCCAAAAUGCAAAAAGGCUACAAAUGAAAAGUUCAACUCAAGGCUCAUCAAAAGGCCUCCACAGACAUCAGACAUCAUCAGAAACAAGCAAGAAGAACCAUUCAUCAUUCUUCGUCCCACAUCGCCUACUGGAGCCAGUGACAUCAAAAACACCAAAAGCAAGAAAAAUCAUCAUCCAUUGUCAAGCAAUAUUCUCCUCAACAACAUCAACAAUGUACCAAAUCUUCUACCUGUCAAGACAGACCCUUCUCCUCCAGCAACCAAAAUUCCUUCCAAACAGUCACAGGUCUGUGAUACUUGUCAUCAAGAGUCCAAAAGCAGUUCACAGUUAUCUAGUUGUGCGCGCCAGAGGUACAAACAAGAAGGAACAACAACCACACUACUCGCUACCCGAGAUAGAUCAGAGAACAAGCCUAACAACGGUGCUUUCUCCUUCUCCUCCACCACCGUCGUCCAACCUCACACCCCACAAGAGCUUCAGUACAUCACAGCAAUCCUAGCCCGUACCACUGCCCUAAAGUCACAGGGUAUCCCCACAACACUGUCCUUAAACCAAGGGUGGUUCUCUCCGACCAACCCACUCGACCCAUCAAUCUUCCACCACCUCGAACACCCAGAAAGCGACAAAGAUCGCAACUUUUCCCCAAAAGACCAACUGGGUCACCGUUGGAAUCGGAGAUUGCUGUUCGAUUUGGUGGAUGAGGUUCUGAGGGAGAUUUUGGGGCCUCAAGAGGGAGAGAGAGAAAAGAAGAGACUUUGGUUUUUGAAGGGUGGUGUUUGUAACCAAAAAGGGAGCGUUGUAGGGUUGGUGGAGAGGGUGUGGGAGAGGGUCGAGGAGUUCCCGCGUGCCAAGUGUGAGGUGUUGGAAGACAUUGAUGAGUUGGUCGACAUGCAGAGAGAGAAAGAUGGUGAGAAAAUGGAAGAAGAAGGGGAAGGGUUGGUGGCAGAGAUUGAAGGGAACAUAUGGGACACGUUAGUGCAUGAAACUGUUGUGGUUAUGGAUUGUUGGGGAAAUGCUAAAAAACAAAAAUUAUUACUAUAUGAUGAUGAUUCCAAAAUACCAUCACAUGUUUGUAGUCUCAAUCAAUUUUAACAUGAUACAUAAUUGAGUUUUUGAUUUAUGAGAAAAUAUAAGUAAUAAGAAGAUUCAAUUAUGUAUUGUAUAAAAAUCAAUUGUGAUUAUGAAUGUGGGACUGUGGGGGUGAUUUUGAAUUACUAUUAUACAAUAAGUUUAAAUUUCUUGUGGAAAGUGGGUCCAUGUUUGUGCUUGAACUAAGUACGGCGUCGUUUAGUAAGGAAGGGUGUCACGUGACUUUGUUGUGAGGGGUCGGUGUGGCCCACGUGCAUGGGGUUUGAAGUUUGAACCCUUCGAUUGUAGGGUCACAUGAAGAAUUUGACCCCUCAACAAUUGCUCUAUUCAUUGGUCAUUAAAAGACAAGAUUUGACAGAGGAAUCCAUGCCCCACUUUAGUUACCCAUUUACCCAUUCUCUCUAUUCAAUUCAAGUGAAGUACAUAAUAGUAUAUUAUUUUCUUUGAAUUUGUUUUGGUGUUUAAUUGUGUUUGUAAUGAGUUAGGAACCCGGGAUAGUUGCAAAAGAGUUUUUUUUAUUUUUUUAUUUGAGACUCCCACCAAAAUAAAUUUAGGACGAUUGUUGAGAGAGUAUUUAGAGAAAUUGAUGGUUACGAUUAAAUAUUUUGUGAGGCUUGUAAGAUAUUAUUUCUAUGUAAGUAUUGUUAUUGUUAAAUAUUUA